AUGGCCCAGUCCCCGCCUCUGCAGACCCUCGACCCCUGGAUCUUACCCCAGGGCUGGGGUUGGGCCGGGCACCCGGACUCCACGUCCCCUGCCUCUUCCUCCUCGGACUCGUCGGGCUCGUGCCCCUGCGACGGCGCCCGCGGCCCCUCGCAGCCCGCGCCCCCCGCCCGCGGCGCGCGAACCCCGCAGGCCGCCCCGACGGCGCCCGGACGCGCGCGCCCCGCCCCGGCCGGCGGGCAGCGGCAGAGCGCCAGCGAGCGCGAGAAGCUGCGCAUGCGCACGCUCGCCCGCGCGCUGCACGAGCUGCGCCGCUUCCUGCCGCCGUCCGUGGCGCCCGCCGGCCAGAGCCUCACCAAGAUCGAGACGCUGCGCCUGGCCAUCCGCUACAUCGGCCACCUGUCGGCCGUGCUGGGCCUCAGCGAGGACAGCCUGCGGCGCCGGCGCCCGCGGCGCAGCGACGACGAGACGCCCCCUCGGGGCUGCCCGCUCUGCCCCGACGGCGGCCCCGCGCAGGCGCAGACGCCGACGCCAGCGCGCGGCCAGAUCCUGGGCUCCGCCGCCCCCGCUGCGGGGUCUUGGGGGUCCCCGCCUGCCUGUCUAGGAGUCCCAGCAGCGCCCGAAUGCUUGGGGAGCAGGACCCCCGACGUGGGUCCUUGGGUCUCACCCCCUUACUGCUCCGGGACGCGGUCGCUUCCGCAAGUGUCCCAGCGUAGGGCCCCCGAUGCGGCCCUUUGGACGCCGCCCGAAGGCGGUUCCGGAACGCAGACACCCGGAGAGCCCGGGACCCCGGCCGUGCCCUGGGCGCCGCCCUCCGCCGCCCCGGAGCCCGCUGCAGUGUACCAGGGUAUCUGUGUGUCUCCGGAGUCCUAUCUGUUGCCAGAAACCCCACCCCUCCUGCCGGGCCCAGCAUGCCAGAGACUGCAGCCUCAGACCCAAUGGGGAUACUGGAGCCACAGUGCAGAGGUGCUCCCCAGCUCGGAGCACCAGGGACCAGGCCCCACCUUCCAUUUCAGCGAUGACAGCCCUCUCCAGAGCUCAGGCCUGCAGCUCAGUGGCUGCCCUGAACUUUGGCAAGAAGACUUGGAGGGGGCCCACCUGAGCAUCUUCUAUUAAUGGCCUUGCCUGUCCCCUUUUCAGCUAGGAAUGAAGCCUGUAAGUGUGGGCGCCCUCAUGGGCGAGGCCAGUGGUUUUCAAACUUUCCUUUAGCCUUUUCCAAGUGAUGCCUUUCACGGAAGCAGUGUUUGGUGGCCUCCCUGGCUGGCGUGGGGGCUGGGGCAGUGCCCUCUGCUCCUAGGCACCCCCCAAAAUGAUCAGUGCCCUGAAGAGCACAGCCUGAGCUGCAGAAACACGGGGGCUGCGUGACCACCAAGUUGGCAGGGCUGGGACUGAUGGGAUGGAUUGGGGGAGUGGGGUGGGCUGAGGGCAGACCCCUAUAUACCGUGUGUUUAAAAAAACACAACACAGCCCUAGCCGGUGUGGCUCAGCGCAUAGAGUGUCGGCCUGUGGACCAAAGGGUCCUGGGUUCGAUUCCAGUCCAGGGCACGUAUCUCAGUUUCAGGCUCCUCUCUGGCCCUAGUCAGUGCGCAUGCAGGAGGCAGCCAAUCUGUAUCGUUCUCUCCCAUCAACAUUUCUGUCUUUCUCUCUCUCAAAAAAUGUCAAUGGAAAAACUAU